AUGGCGGCGGAUGUCGAAAAAGCCCUCUCAAGAUUCUCAGAGACACUCGGAGAUCCUAAUGUGGAUAAUGAAGCGAAGCUUAAAGUUCUCCGUACAUUGGAUGAGGUCACAUUAACCCUGAGUGAGUUGUCAAAGUCCGGUGUUGGAAGAUCUGUUCGUCGUCUGAAAUCGGAGCCUGGUGAAUUGGGUUUGAGGGCUCGCAGUCUUGUGAUUAAAUGGAAGGCUCUACUUGAUGAACACAUGAGGCGUGAAAACAUUAAGAUCUCGGACCUGAUGAGGGAGAAUCAGGGACAGCUCAGACCAUCAAACGGGUUGAAAUCCCAGCUUCCUCUUUUACGACAAUCGAAAUCACGCAAGCGUCCGUCUUCUCCUGAGCCCAUUUCUCAGUCUCUUGACGCUUCCUCCGGCCUCUCCUUUGAGCAAGUCAUGAGCAUGACCGUCCCUAUCAAGAAGAAGCUUAAGAAGCGUCCAAAAGUGGUGCAUGAAAAGGAGUACACUGAUCUGAAAUAUCCCAGCGCAUCAUUUACACAAGAAAUCCUCUCUUCUCUCUCUGCUCCUUUUGAUCGUCCUUACAUACAGCAGCAGGUUCCAGUUUCGGAGCGCCCUGACACCACUUCCUCCAAUGACCUCAUAGACGACGGUGAUCUCAAAUUUCGCUCAAAGAAAGUCCUUUGGGCGCCGCGUGUGAGAAGGUGUGUAGAAAACGGCAACACGAAGGCUUCUUCUUUCUUCAGCAGUAACAGUAGUCUAACCGAGCCUCCAACUUUGGUGGAUGUCUGCCUGUCGGUUCUGGCGAAGAACAUCUCACUUGUAGAUAAUGUUGGUGAGGUGCCUUACGAACUCUUCUCACGCGCCCUGCAGGAUGCCUCGCCUGAAGAUCUCAUUCGAAUUGAAAAGCAUAAUCCUAAAUUUCGUGGUCUGAUGGAUGACUUAUGGAAAAAGCACGUCUAUCGUUGCUUCCCAGAGAGUCGCAACCUCGGCGGUCCACGACGGAAGGAAACGUGGGCUGAAAUGUACGCGCGUUUGGAGGCCGAAAAUUCACAGCGCCUCAAACACUUCAUUAAGUACUCCUCCUCCAGGCAGCGAGCUGAGAGGGAGACUCGUCGGACGACCCUUAUGACGGAUGCAAUCACACCGUCCCAGAUUCAGCGACGAGCCACGCGGCUAGCCGAAGGGCACGGGACGCCUCGAGCUUGCCACCGAUGUGGGGAUGGUUUUUCGUCUUCUAAGUCUGGCGGGGUGAAGAUGGUCUUUAAGCCACGCAACAUGAGCUAUCCUACGCCUCAGCUUGCUCCCUAUCCAAAUACUCCUUCUACAUCUGGUGAUCACAUCGAUUCCUCAAGUGCAACUAGACAGACGGGCUCGAUGAUGCAGAAGCUUCGAAAGCAAUUUCUCAAGGGUUAA